AUGGCUAAAUGUCUAAACCAAAUAACAAAGAAAAAAACUCAGGGAUUUAAGCGUUUCAAAGGGUUUUCAUUAAGUUACAGACACUUUUCAUUGAAGAAAGCGUUCAACAGUGAAGAGGAGAAGUUGAAGAAACUUGGCAACCUUAUAAAUGACAGCCACCAUAGUUGCAGUGCUCUAUUUGAGUUCAGGCCCAAGGAACAUUUAAUUUUGUUAUGCAGGAGUUUCCCUAAUUUUUUUAGGUUUGGGGCAUGGCCUACUGGGAAAGAACAUGGCAGUUAA